UGCGCUGAGUGUAGAGUGGGCAUCAUCCAGUAGCAGUGACCGACCGGAGCUUCUCAUCACUCCGAUCCUCCUCUCCACUCCGGUCUGCGAGCUCCGGGGAACCGCACAGAACAUGGCCGGCACUUGUCUGCAGUUUUUUGGCUUCAUCACAAGUUUUGUCGGCUGGAUCGGGGUUCUGAUCGCCACUUCCACCAAUGACUGGGUACUGACCUGUGACUACAGCAUCAACACCUGCAGAAAGCUGGAUGAGCUGGGCUCCAGGGGGCUCUGGGCGGACUGUGUCAUCGCCAUAGGGCUCUACCACUGCAAACCCCUGGCCGACAUACUCACCCUGCCCGCCCAUAUCCAAGCAGCUCGUGCCCUGAUGAUAACGGCCUCUUUCCUGGGGCUUCCAGGUGUCUUCCUGCUUCUAUCUUCCAUGCCCUGCAUCCGAAUGGGCCAUGACCCUGGAACAGAGAAACACAAGCGAUUUCUGUUGGGUGGAGUGCUUAUCGUCAUUUUGGCACUGAGUGCAAUCAUGGCCACCAUAUGGUACCCAGUGUCCACUCAUAAAGAAACCACCAUUGUGACUUUCGGAUACUCCCUGUAUGCUGGUUGGAUUGGAGCAGCAUUUUGUUUGUUUGGUGGGAUCGUUAUUGUCUGCUGUACAGGAGAGUCUCAAGCCUUCAUGGAAAACCGUUUCUAUUAUUCAUCCCAAGGGUCUGGUUCCCCAACCCACGCCAAGAGUGCCAAUGUGUAAAAAUGAAGUAGUCAGACAAAUCUGACUCCCGUGAGCUGUCAGUAUGACAUUGUUUAUGGACAAUAAUAACAAAUGUGCCUUUAUUUGCAGUAUACGUGCCAUAAAAUGGUGAUUGAGUAUUAUUUUCUUAAUGGAAACCUGCAUUAUAACCAUUGUCAGUAUUACAUGGUAGAUUUCAUGAUACAUGGAUGAGAGCAUCCAAGUCAUCCAAAGCUGGAGGCUGUCAUUACCCACAUUCUGGAAGCAGUGCUAAUGAAACAGAACAAUAUAUCACAGUGAGGUGCUCCACCCAGAAUUAGACCCACACCCAGAAUUUGGUGAGUUGCAGUCUUCAGUGGUGGAUGGAAAUCUCAGUGAUGCCAGGUAAUAGGUGUCCUUAAAUGCAUGGAAGUCCACCUUCUUCACCUCUUUGGCAACUAUUGUAAAUCAACAAAAAUAAACCUAAUUAAAAUGUUAAGUUAUUAAAUGACACUAGAAUUAAAUAAUAUGUACUACCUACAAUGCACUGAAAAUGUUCAAGCUGUUUUUCAUUUGUGUUUACUGCUGUUCACCAUUGACUGCACAGUGCUUGAGGAGAGACAACAUUUCAUCUGUCUAGAUUUCCUCAAUGUGCUAAGCAACAGUUGAACAUUACUCAGCGGGUUUCAUUAUGUAACCAUAUGGGCGUAAGACAUUGAAUAAAUACUUUUCAUGACGUCAGUUAUAAUAUUGUGCAGCCUUACAGUAUCACAAUUGCUAGAAUGGUGAAAAAGGGAGGGUUUGUGCAUACUUAUUUCUCAACUUUAUUGGUGCUUACUAUUGGAUGCUCUUGGUAUUCCAAUAACUAUAUUUUUUGUACUUCUUAUAUAUCACCAUGACAUCCAGUUUUCUACUGCUGUUAUACUUUGAAUUAAUAAAAAUUCCAUAAUGUGUUCUUUUUCUCACUUUUUAUACAGUACUAGUAUUUAAAACAACAUUUUGUAAGAUUGUAUUAGUAUAUUUUGUUUAAAUUAUUCAAGAAAUACACAUACUUUAAUAACCGUCUUACAAGUUAAUUAAUCAGUAAAUAUUUAAAGUAAAACAAUUUCUAACGUGUAUGCAUAAUGGUCCUCCGUGUUUUAUAGUGCAUAGUGUAUGAGCAAUUCAUACUGAAAACUUUGUAGGCACCGUUUUCUCUUGUGGUUUGCUGAUGGGAUGCUAGACUGAAAUACAAGAUCAUAUAGAAAUAGGCAUUCCUUUUGCAGCCAGCUGUCCAUAUAAAAUUCUGUCUGUCUAUCACAUCAGAGAACUAUAGGAGCUGCUUGAUAGCCUAUUGCAGAUGCUAGGAGGUAUUGUAUGUAUGCAGCCUUAGUGAUCUUGGCAUUAUGCAUUGUGAAAACUGUAAGUCAAGGAAAAUGUUGCUGUAAUAAAUGAUUUUUCAAGUAAACAUAA